CGCGAGACUAUGUAGUCCCUGAAAGGGGGAUAGUUGGAGAGGUUUGGCAACCCAGCGCAAUAGUUUCAGCUGCAUCACGCAGACCUGGUCAUACAAACUCGUGUUGUAUCUACGCUUGUAUCAGGGAUUGUGACCAAUCAUGGCUGAUGAGGGAUACGUAGUACGCAUCAGGGGUCUCCCUUGGUCCUGCUCAGUGGAUGAAGUACAAAGGUUUUUCUCAGAUUGCAAAGUCAUCAGCAAUGGAGGUGGCAUCCACUUCACCUACACAAGAGAGGGUCGUCCCAGCGGAGAGGCAUUUGUCGAGUUGGAGACCGAGGAAGACCUGAAGAUUGCGGUGAAGAAGGACAGAGAAACUAUGGGUCACAGAUAUGUAGAGGUUUUUAAAUCCAACAAUGUGGAGAUGGACUGGGUCAUGAAGCACACAGGUCCAAACUGUCCAGAAACGGCAGGAGAUGGGCUCGUCCGGCUCCGAGGCCUUCCUUUUGGCUGCAGCAAGGAGGAGAUCGUACAGUUUUUCUCAGGGUUGGAAAUCGUGCCAAAUGGGAUAACAUUGCCGGUGGACAUCCAGGGGAGGAGUACGGGGGAGGCCUUCGUGCAGUUUGCUUCACAGGAUAUAGCUGAAAAGGCUCUAAAGAAACACAAGGAAAGAAUAGGGCACAGGUACAUUGAGAUCUUCAAGAGUAGCCGCGCUGAGGUGCGGACACAUUACGAACCCCAGCGAAAGCCCAUGGGCAUGCAGAGACCCGGCCCCUAUGACCGGCCCUCUGGUGGUCGCGGCUACAACAUGAUGGGCCGAGGGGGAUCCUAUGACAGAAUGCGUCGCGGAGGCUAUGGAGGAGGUGGGUACAGACAUCUACAACGUAAGUCAGAGGAGCGACUGCAAACGAUCUGCAAAACGACUGGAUUGCUGACGUUUUCUUUACUCGGUGCAUAUUGCGGACGUUAAGGCUGCACUUUACACAAAUGUGUUAAUUUGACGUCGUUUGUAUGUCUUUAGUUCUUCUCGCCAUUGAAUCCAGUGCGGGUCCAUAUUGAGAUCGGCCCAGAUGGCAGGGUAACCGGGGAGGCGGAUGUAGAGUUUGCAACACACGAGGAUGCUGUGGCAGCCAUGUCCAAAGACAAAGCUAACAUGCAGCACCGCUACGUGGAGCUGUUCUUGAACUCAACAGCAGGUGGCAGCAACGGAGCGUAUAGCAGCCAGAUGAUGGGUGGCAUGGGGAACCAGUCGUCUUACAGCGGCGGCCAGCUGAGCUCAGGCUACUCUGGUGGAUACAGCAGCCAGGGCAAUAUGGGCGGCUACAGUGACUACAGUAACCAGGGCGGAAUGGGAAGCAGUUACUACGGCGGCGGCGGCGGAGGAGGAAGCAGAGGCUCUAUGAAUGGACUGGGCGGGGGAUGGGGAAUGUAGAUAAUUUUUCUUAAUUUGAUUUUUUUUUUUUAACUCAGCAUUUUGCUGGCAGGACUGGAAACGCAAGUCUCACCUAGUAAACAUAGGGGUAGGGUCAGGUGAGGUUAAAAAAAAAAUAUUGAGGGGGUAGGGUUUGUAAUUUUUUUAAGUAUAUGAUCUUCAGAGAGAAGUAAGAUCAUCUGGUUUCACAACAAGUGUCAGAAGUGCUGUUUAUCUUCCCCAUUCCUCACAGAUUUGACACAUAACUGAAACAAUGCUUUAAAUUUUCAUUACCAGGAAGUGUGCCGUUUUUGUGUUCUUGUUCUUGAAAACCCUGGCUGUUCCCCCAAGGUUUACUCAUCCUGUACUGGUGGCAUUUAACAUUUAGUUUCAAUGUGUGAGUGCAUGAACAAAGAAGUCAGAAAGUGUCUGGUAUCUUCUGAUGUUUAUAACUGUUUCACCUUCUACAUAGUGUUUAGUCUUUUUUUAUUUCCAGUCAAAAUGUUUGAAUGAAUUUAGGACUUCAUGUGCUCAGAGCAUGUAUUGUUUUCUUAAAGUGUGACUGACUGUUAGAGUUUUUUGUUUUGUUUUUGUGGAUGAGGGCUACGUCAAGGGCAAGUGAAUUUAAAAUCUGCUGACAUGAAGGUUUCUACUGCUUCAAAUGCUAUUUGUAUUUCCUGUGCACAAAGUGAAUAAACUAGUCUGGAAUAUCUAAUUGAAA